UAGAUCGUACGCGUGCGCUAGCUAGCUGCAUGCACUAUUUGAGUCGGUCACCAUGCCCAUGAAGCAUCGACGACGAGUUCGUGGAUGUGCACCUGGCUGUGGCGGUCCUGGACCGGGCCAUGGUCGUGAUCGUGGCAGAGGUCGCCCUCGAAACGCAGGAGCUGAUCCUGAGACAAUGAUCGUAAAAGAUGAUAAUGCAGCUGUUUUGAAGACCAAGGGACGCAUCAAAUGCUCUCAACCUGGAUGUCCAAAAUCCUUUAGCAAUAAAGCUGGAUAUGAUUAUCAUGUGAAAAGAUGUGGGGUGAAUCCUGAAGAUAUCCAGAAAUACUACUGCCCUCACUGCCCAGAUAAGGUUUAUACAAGUAAAGCUGGUUUGGAUAUUCAUCGGAGAACAAUUCAUGAAACACCUGAACCUAUUCUAGACCAAGGAGAGGAUCUCGGAAGACAUCGUCAACGCAAAGCUGCUCAGAAGGCUUUGGCACAGGUGAAGCUUUUGAAGGAUGCAAUUUGUGAUGUUCCAGGUAUAAAAAAGGAUAGACAAAAAAAACGCAAGCGAGAGUUGGAUCGAGAUGACUUUUUACCAGAAGAUGGUGAGUCUGAAGAUGAUGAUGAGGAUGAUGACUGUGAUGAAAUCAAUCGCUCAUCACUCAGAAGGGACAUCAACCGAAAUGCAAAGUUACAUAAGAUGUCAUAUUACUACCACUGUGAAAGAUUAUGUUUGAUGCAGGAAAUACUAUUCCCUGGUCUUAGGAGCAAGGUAUCUACAUGGCCCAAAAUUCUAGAAAGACCUGAUGACUUGACUUCUGAGAGCCUUGGAAAAGUAAUUCAAGAUGGCACUAAGAAAGAUGUAGAAAGUUUGUUAUUGCCAUUAUAUAGUGCAACUGAGAUCAAACGUGACACCAAAAAUGGUGUAAAAGAUGGUCAUCUAACAUACUUUGCAUUUAACAUUGGAGGCACUGUACGAAGUAUUGCAUGGUGCCCUGUGCCAUUAAGUGAGGAUAAUGCUUGUCAGUAUGCUGCUUUCAGCCCAUAUAACAAUGAAUUCAAGCAUCAACAAACUUUACCAAGUUACACAGGUUCGAGUUGUAUUCAGAUAUGGGGGUUUGGACCACUUCACAAUGAAAGGGAGAAACCUGAAUUGAAGUUGUGUAUUUUACAUGAUGCUGGGAGGGUUAAUGAACUAAAAUGGUGUCCAUCUGGCUGCUAUGAUGAUCCUAGUCUAGUGGAAUCCAAAGGAGAUGAUAGGUUUGAUCAACGACUUGGUCUUCUUUCAGCAGCAUGUUCAAAUGGAAGUGUGUUGAUUUAUAGUAUACCUCAUCCACCUGAAGAUCAAAUGAAUUCUCAUCUACAAAACAAAGUAGUGUGUAAACCUGUCCCAAGUCUAGUGCUGUCACCAGGCAUGGAGAAGAAGAAUGCAGACAGUUCAUUUGGGCAAUGCUUAUGUCUUGAUUGGCAACAAAGAAAACCACAUCCUAAAUUAGCUGCUGGCUUUUCAUCGGGAGCAAUUGCCAUAUGGAAUGUAGAAUAUCAAUCAUCGUUCCUGGUGAGACAAUCAAAGAUAGAUGACUCAAUCAUUCUUCAUCCAAUUCAAGUCUUCACUGCUCAUAAUGGACCUGUUUUGACUAUCUCAUUCUGCCCUGCUGACAACAGUUUCAUGUGCAGCAGUAGCCGCAAUAGGAUGAUGGAAUUCUGGGAUAUUCAUCAACCAGGGAUACCUAUAUGCAGUCGUUUAUUUCGCAGUCCUCCACAAACUUGUCAAUGGCUUUCUCAGUAUAAUGCAGUUCUUACUAAAGAGGAUGUCUCCCUGCCAAGAAUAGUUCUUCAAGAAGGAUCUGCCAAUAAUCCAGCCCAGAUAUUUUCUCAACAGUGUUAUGUCACUGAUGUGACUUACUCUGAAUGGUUAAACUGUCUUGCAGUGAGUGAUAAAUCAGGCAAGAUUGAAAUCUGUAAAAUGUCUAAACAGUGGCCAGGGAAUCACAAAGUCAAGCACAAGAAAAUGUUGGUCAGGAGUCCAUCUAGUAAUGAUCUCUCUGAUGUAUGCAUCAACAAUGAUGUCAUCUACAAGUUGCAAUGGAGUCCAAAUAAAGCAUCUUGCAAGUGGUUUCUAGCUGGUGGAAAAUCCGGUAUAGUACGUCUAUAUCAUCUUCCAUCUAAAUUCAUUGAGAGCAGAUGACUGAUUGUUCCUACAGUUCAGUGUUGAUUGUGGUCACUGCAAUCAAUCAAUGUUCUACAAUAAUUGCUAGCAAGCUUUAUAUUACAGGUGCCUGGUCACAGAAGGUCUUAGUAUGUAAGAGGGGUAUUUAUGAAUUCUCAAUGUGUUCUCAAUGAUGGACAUUGUGAUUAUCAAUGGCUUGAAUGAUAUUGUGUCAUUCUAUAUGAAUGGAAUCACAUGCUUUUGUAUACUGUAGAAAACAUUAUUUGAUUGUUAUCCAAAUAUUCAAUGCAAUAAAUUCACACAGAAAUGUAGCAUUAAAAGUAUUACUUCCUUAAUUGAUGAAACUAAAAGCCCAAGAAGUUACAUUUGGCUAAGUCUUAUUUGCUGCUUAUUUUACAUAGCUUUCCAAUCUCGUGUCUGUAUGAGAUCAAAUAAUCAUCUUUGUCUAACAUACAUGUAUCAGCUGUAAACAAACAAAAACGAUAACAUGAAAAUAAGGUGUAAAGGUAUGAGGUCCUAUCUGUUUAAACACUAAUACUUUUUUUCUCUGAAAAUCAUCUAUACAAUAUUUGAAAUUGCAUUCUGCAAAACAACAUUAUUAGACUUUUCUUUAUGCAAAUGCAUGUUGUCACAACUCUUAUCACAUGACAUAAAGUCCUAUUGUCGUUUCUGGUGAAUAGCUUGAGUGAAUUUAAGUGUUUUUGUCUCGUCAGCUUACCAGAGUGAGACUGCAGGCCCUGAUUUUCCGAUGCUGAUGACAUUGGUGUUGACAUUAAAAUCUCAUAACCAGGAUUAAGUUUUUGAAAUGUCAUCAUAAUUUAAAAAGUGUAUGGACCUUGUUCAUGAAACUUGGAUUCAAGGGUCAUGACAAGAGUUUCACUGAUCAUCUUACAUAAGUUUCAGGUGACAUGACCAAGGUCAAAGAUAAUUUAGGGUCAAUGUCUCAAUGAAAUUUGACCAUGUUUUGCUUUUCAACAAUGAAAUCUUAACCAAGGUUGUUAAGUUUUUAGAUAUUAGCAUAACUUUAAAACUAUAUGGAUCUAGUUCAUGAGACUUGGACAUAGGAGUAACCAAGUAUUACUGAUCAUUUAGCACAAUUUUCACAUACAGGUCACUCACAUGAUUAAGAUCAAAGGUCGUUUAGGGUCAAUGAACUUUUGGCCAUGUGGAGCUUAUUUUUUCGAAUUGUUGUAACUUUGACAGAUUAUGGAUCUGGUUAAUUGACUUGUAAUUAAAUAUCACUGAUUGUUAUUGGUCACAUGAUUAAGUAAGGCCAAUAGGAUCAAUGAACUUUCACCAUUUCAGGGUUGUUGUUUUUUUUUAAAUGUCUUCGUAACUUUGAAAUUAAAUGGACCUUUGCCUGAAACAUGGGCAUACAUGUAAGGGUAAUUAAGUAUCACGGAUCAAUGUGCACAAGUUUCAGGUUACAUGAACAAGGUCAAAGGUCAUUGAAGGUAUGAACUACAAACAUAUAUGAAUGCCAUUUUUUAGUGAAUAAUCAUAUCGUAUUUGCUUUCAAAGUAAGCUCUCCCUUUUGGAAUAAUGUAAUGGUGGCAAGACUUACAGAGGCAUUCCACUUAUUAAAUGAAAUAUGUGGCUAUAAAAAUGCAUGAAACUGAAGAGUUAGAAAAAAGAAAUCUUCAUUCUUGGCCCAUGUAUUCGAAAUGAAGUGAGUUCUGCUGAUGAGAUUGGGUUUUGAGAUCACAAGUGAGCCCUGGGUCAAAUAUCAAGGAGGUCAAUCAUUUUAAUGGUUCUUUUAUACUGUCGUCCACUAACAGGGAAACAACAUUAAUUUUUUUAGAUUGACUGUUUUCUUGAUUUGAGAUAUUUCCUGUAUGCUCUACAUGUACAUGGUGCUAAAUAGA